CCUCUCUUUCCUCUUUGGUCACAAACCACCACCGAUACCGUCCACACAGUGAAAAGGAAGAAAACGAGCAACACAGGAUGGCACUCCUCACUACGAUUGCUGGAUUUUCUUUCUUUGGGCUCGCCUCGAGGUUUGGGCAGCUUGCCAUACAGAAACGCAACCUAAUGGACAACCUCGGCGGACAUUUCGUCGCAAUGGCCGCAUUCGGUUAUGCGGGCUACUGGGCCCAUGUGUUCGAAACGCGUAGCGGAGAGUAUCUCGCCAUGAAACGUGCAGAAAUUGCAGAGCGGAGAGAACGCAGGCUUGAAGCACGGGAAGAGGCAGUUGCAACAGGGGUUCUUCCGGCAUAACGGAGCCAAUAAUCGAGACAUCUGCAUCAUUCUCGAGAAUGUCAUUAGUUAGGUGUGUAAGAUGCUUCCAUUGAACGCUGUUAACAUUGAUAGGGCGUUGUCAGAUAUACCCUAUGUAUUUGGGUAGUGGUUUGCCAACACGAUCGGCUCCAUUCUUUUGGGAACUCAUCGAACAUUGUGUGAUAUGAGCUUGGAGGUUUGUUGUUGGA